GAGUCCGCAGGCGAGUCUCUCCCGGCGGCCACGUCGCUACCUCCGGACACCCACCCGCGGUCCGCGGGGUGCGCGAGGGACGGCCCGCGCCCUCCCGACUUCUCCGCUCCGGCCGCUCCCGGCGCGCCCGUGGCUCGGGCAGAACCCCUCCCCGGAGGACCAGGAGCCCCAAGGACCGCGGCCGCCCCGCUUCCGCCCAGAGCCACCGCGUGGGCCGCCCGGACCUUGGACCGCGCCUCGCGGCCGGCCGCCACGCGUGACCCCAGCCCCGAGCCGCCGCCGCCGCCACGACCAAAGCCAGCGCCGCCGACCCGCACUCACCGCAGCGCUCCAUCCCGCGUCCCGGACGCGGACGCCGGCCCAACACUCACGGCCGUCGCCGCCGCCGCCGCGGGCUGGAGCUCGCAGCCCCCAUCCCCCACGACCCGCGGACACUCGGCCAAGCCGCCGCCGCCCCAGCCGCCACCACCGCCACCGCGCUGUCCGCCGCCGCCCCGCCCCCGGCCUCGCUCCUCCCGCCCCUUCCCGCCCCCGGAGCCCAGCCCAUUGGCCCCCGCGCGGAGGGGCGGGGCUUGGCGCGCGGCGGCAGGUGGGGCGGUUUCUGGCUCCGGCACGCAGGGAGACUGGCUGUCAAUAGCGCGGGAGCCCGCAGACUGUCCCCGACGCAGGAGGUGUUGGCCAGUCUGUGCGGUUUGCCACAGGACCAGCGAAGCGAACCUUAGAAACAAGUCACCUUUUGCACCCUCCAGCAGGCAGCAGGUCUUCUGCCCUGGUUGGUGAGGUGGAGAUUUCCCUGGUGGACACUUUGAAUUCCUUCUAGGAAUCUGGUCUUCAGCUUUUUGUCUGCCCCACCCUAUGGAACAAAACUAUAUUUCGUGCUUAACUGUAAAGCUACCCGACUUGCUGCUGGGCGCCAGGCAAUCUGUCUUAUACUGAUUGUCACGUUCAGAAACUAAAUUAUCCAACUAUUGUGGCUUAUAGAAGUUGCUCAAUAAAUACUAGUUGAAUUUCCCCCUAACUAUGCUACUUGCUACUUACCAUUAAAUGCUCCCCUAAAUAAUGGGAUUCACCAACAACCAAAAUUAAAGCAUUUAUCUAGAAGUUGGGUCAUACAACAUAUAUUUAAAAAGUACGGUGUUUCUCUUGAAUAAUUAGAGUAUAUAUUGUAAUACACCCAAUCUACCAAGAAUACUCUUCCUAUCAUCUAUGCUGAGACAUAGCAGGAGCUCCAUAAGUUUUAGUUGAGUAAAUGGGUAAAAUUUUGGGAAGGGAAUUUGGAAAAGUUUCUCAAUCUCAACCUCCCCUUAACUUUUUUUCUUUCAAAAUAUAUUAAACAUCUGCCAUAUUCUCCAUUCUCUCU